CGAGUUGCCUGCAGUUCGUAUGCUAUGAUUAGUUUAUUUGUGCCUUGAAUAGGAUAGCCUGUGUUCGGGCGCAUUGUACAGAACGCGAUUAUUAUCGACAUCUGUCAAAUCUUCAAUUUUACGUGUUUUGUGAUAGAGAUGGUGGAUUCUUGAUUAAUUUGCUGUGUCGGUGCAAAUUCACUCAGUGUUCAGUUAAAAUAAGCAUUAUAAUGUUUGGGAUUUGUGAUUUUGUGUUUUGUGUAUAGCAGGCUCGUAGCCAAAGUGGCGUUUGUGAAUUGAGGAUCACACAUUUGCUUAUUUGGAUUAAAAAUACUCGCAAAACCCGGUCGCCAUGUUCAACUUCAUGAAGAAGUCGACCGUCCUCGCCGGCGACACGGGGGGCUGCGAGGAGCGGGACGGGGAGAAAGAGAGACGGAAGAAGGAGAAGAAAGAGAGGAAGGAACGUGAGAAGCGGGAGAGGAUAGCGGCGGGGCUGGAGGAGCCGUUGAGGCUUGAGGAGGUUCGACGCUCACUCAAACUGCGAGGCAGACGCAAAGAAAAAGAGAAACUCCCCUCCGGCAUCACAGCUGACUACACCGCUUCAUUAUUCGCGCAUCUCGAGCAAGACUCCAAUUACUCUAACUACCCGCUAAUACCCACCUCGGGAUCCAACUCCAAUCUCAGCGACGAAAAUAACCAUCUUUCUCCCGGAUACCCCACCACGCAUGUUUGGAAUAGAAAGGAAGGCGUUCUUCAGUCGGAUAGCUCGGAGACAUCGCUGAAUUCUCUAAACAACCCCAAUAAUGCUAACAGUAGCCCCCGGCAGCCGCAAGUACUACCUCCUAUUCCACCCAGACCACCAAAGCGUGGCAUACUUAAAGGGCCCCGACUUAGCAAUACUAGUAAUAAUUCCCAAGAAAGUAACAUACCAACCGUUGAUACCGUCGAUCACAUCAAUGGCCAAGAUUCCAAUGUACUAGCGCGUAACACGCAGCAAAAUGAACUCAUUUCGUAUGGAAUACCGCCGUCUAAAAGCACUUCAUCCAGCGAUGAUUUGCAGCAACUGCAGAACUUUACUAAAAAGGUCAUCCACAGUCCAGUUGAAAAUCAGGUUAAGAACAAUUACAAAAAUGGUGGCAAUCCGUCGAUCACCACUCAGGACAUGGAUGAAAUGCCAAAAACGAAUGGUAGCAGUUACUUAGGUGUCACAUCAACAUCUCCAAGCGCUGAUUCGUUGACUGACACAACUACUAAUUCAUCAUUCGCUACUCCGCCCUUUUCUACAUCUCCUGUGGGCGAAUCUCAGGGUUUCCAUAGAUGGUCACGAACAAGCAAUUUCGAAGACGUUUAUCUGCCUUUACCAUCCUUAAAACCGCUGCUGCUUCCUAAACCAAGAUUGCUGACAAUUCAACGACAGAAAGCACCAAGAAAUGAUUUCGGCUUUAGUCUUCGUCGCGCAGUGGUACAAGAAAGAAUUUUCAGCGGCGAUUGUAACGGCCACGAGGAGAACGGAUUGACCAAUGGCGAUAACAAAUGCAACGGUAACAUUACUAGUGCAGUUGCUAGCAAAGUUGUACAGAAAGCUGUGAUUCUCGCUGAGCCAGGGUCUUACCCUGGGGCCAGUGAGUCGGGCUUACUGCCUGGUGAUAGACUUCUAGAAGUCAACGGGGUUAAUGUAGAAGGCAAGAGUCGCGAGGAAGUUAUAGACCUCAUCAAAAGCAGUCAAGAUUCUGUCACCAUUAAGGUCCAGCCAAUAGCUGAGCUCUCGGAGCUGUCGCGAAGGAAAGCGGUGGACGGCGGUGGCGACGUCGAGCUCUCGGACAGUAACGUCCGCGGCGGCACGCUCAGCCGCUCGGGCAGCCGUCGCUUCACCAGCACCCAGGCAAAGUCAGAAGAGCAGUUAGCAUGCGAGAAGGAAUGGCUGAAAGCUGGUCAUAUGUGGCUCGCACACCGCGGCGGGUUCACGGCCGUAGUGCGAGAAGCAGACGCCGACGCGGGCCGUGCGAGGGUGAGGGUGCUGCAGACUGGGGAGGUGCUCACCGUCGACGAGGAUGACUUGGAGAAGGCCAAUCCACCCCAGAUGGAGCGUUGCGAGGACAUAGCCUCACUCCGCUGCUUGAACGAGUGCGGCGCGCUCAACGUUCUACGAUCGCGUCACGCCGCCGGGCUGCCUCACGCCCGCGCCGGCCACGCGCUGCUCGUGCUCGGACCGCCUAAACGCAGUUCCCCCAUCUAUACUGAGAAGGUAGCAGCAAUGUUCCGCGGCUGCCGCGCCGACGACAUGCCGCCGCACAUAUUCGCGGCCGCGCAGUCCGCGCACCGCUGCAUGCUGGCGUCACGACGUGACCGCGCUAUUGUUUUCACGGGAAGAUCCGGAUCAGGCAAGACAUUAGCCAUGCGGCAUUGCAUCUGGUACCUGGCGAGUGCGUAUCCUGCUCAGGGCUCCAAGCUCACCCCGGAGCGAUUGAGCGCCGCAAUGGAUAUACUGCAUAUGUUUGGAUCGUGUCGCACGGGCUCCAACCCGCACGCGUCGCGCGUGGUGUCCCUGGUUUCCCUGGACUUCGAAGGUGGCGGCGCGCUGGUGUCGGCCUCCGUUCAGACCCUGCUGCCGGACCUUCGACCAGGCCGGUCCCGGCUCACCGCAUUGCAUACACUAUUCCACGGCUGCGACGGCCGCCUCCGCCGCGAACUGCUCUUCGACCAAGCCCCCGUCAACGCUCCCAACCCGUUCCUCACGUCAAGCGAGAAAGCCGACGCGCCAGCCGACUUCUCAGCUUUGAAGGAAGCUUUCCAGUUACUGGGAGUUACUGAGCAGGAGCAGAUGGCUGUCUGGAAGAUACUGGCUGCUAUCUGCCAUCUUGGUUGGGCUGGGGUAGUUAAAGCGAACUCCGGGUCCGGUAUGAAGUACCAGUUCGGCAACGCGGGCCUGGCGGCGCGCGCGCUCGGCGUGACGGCUGAAGAGCUCACACGCGCCGUGUUCGUCGCCACCGGCCCCUCUUCCCCGCAGCCCAAUAACAACCUCAGGACUCCUUCGCCAUCCACUGAGAGGGAGAUUUCUGGCACCGAAGCCCUCGACGCUUUCGUCGGCGGCCUGUACAAUGAGACCUUCAACAUCAUCGCUGCUCUGGUCAACAGGAGCAUUUCAACAUCGGCGCGGACGUCAGCAUCUCUGCUGCUCUUGGAUGCGCCUGGCGCUGACAACCCUAUGUCUUCUGGUCACCAGAGCGGUGCUCCACUCUCCAAACUACUCUCCAACUAUCUACAGGAGCGUUUGCAAGGUGUGUUCCACGACGCCAUGCUGGUGGCGCCGCGCGAGCGCUACGCACAGGAGGGCAUCACGCUAGACGACGGCGCUGAAGAAGAUUGGCUGUCAGAGACAGUGAACCCGGGGCCGAUGGUGGAACUGCUAGACAAGUCUCCGCAGAAUUCCAUCGUUCGCAGCUCGCAAGCCGACCUGCGUGAGUGCGAUCGACGUGGUCUUUUAUGGCUUUUGGACGAAGAGUCCAUGUACCCCGGCUCGUCCGACGACACGUUCUUAGAGCGAGUGAUGACGCACUACGGGCCGCCGAACCAAACUCAAUAUCUCAUCAAGAAAGCGCCGCACGCGCGACAGUUCGCUUUGCAACACCUCCAGGGUACCAAUCCAGUCCUGUAUGACGUCACGGGCUGGGUAAAAGCGAGCAGGGAGAGCCCAGUGACAAAGAAGGCGCUAACUUUGUUACAGGAAAGCCAAACCGAGGAGAUCGGUCGGCUGUCGAGCUGGGCGCGCGGCUCGUGCGGCGCGGGCGCGGGCGCGGGCGCGUGCGCGUGGGGCGCGGGCGCCGGCGACACGGCCACGCUGCGCCGCGCCUCCUCCAUCCGCCGCACGCUCACCGCAGGAACAGCGGGCAUGAAACGGCGCUCGACAGCGUUACAAGCCAAGUUCGUAGCUGACGGCAUUGUGGACACGUUGCGUCGCUGCGGCGCUGGCGGCGUGCAGUUCGUGUGCUGCCUGCUUACCGCUCAACCGAAUGACCAGAACGAUGAUGUCAAUGUGCCCCUGCUGCGUUCGCAGUUCCGUGGGUUCCAGCUUCUGGAGGCGGCGCGCCUCUACAAGCAAGGCUUCCCGGAACACAUGCCGCUCUCCGAGUUCGCCAGGAGGUACCGCCUGCUCGCCACAUCAGAGAGCGAGUCAGAAGAAGUACCGCCAUCAUCACCCCUCUCGGAUCGUCAGGUCGUAGACGACAUGCUACUUGCGCUUGACCUCGACGUCACCAGCUACCGACUCGGGCUAACUCAGAUUAUGUUCCGCGGCGGCGUCGUCGGCGGGCUGGAUGCGCGCCGCGACGCCGCGCUCGCGCGCGUGUUGGUCCGCCUGCAGGCGCGCGCGCGCGGGCUCCUCGCGCGCCGGCGCGCGCAGCGCCUGCGCACGCAGCACACGGCCGCGCGCUGCGUGCAGCGCAACGUGCGCGCGUUCCUCGCCGUGCGCGACUGGCCGUGGUGGCGGCUGCUUGUACGGGUUACCCCGCUGCUGGCUGUGCACAGGACCGAGCAUCGGCUUAAGCAGGCGCAGGAGGAGUUAGAGACCCUGCGAACUAAACUGGACAAGGUGGAUACCGAACGCACCCACUUCAAGAAUGAAAACGAAAGGCUCGAAACAAAGCUGUCGGAGGUGGGCGGCGACUUGGCGGAGGAGCGCGCGGCGGCGGCGCUCGCCACCGAGCGCGCCGACGCCGAGGCCGCCGAGCGGCUGCGCAUCGAGCGCGACAACCGCGACCUGCUCGCCAACAACCAGCGGCUGCAGCAGGCAUCCGAACGUCUCGAGCUGGAGCUCCUGCACUGGCGUUCAGCCGACAACGGAGGCGCCGAGCCUUCAGACUCUGAGGGUUCAGAGGCCGACGCCACUGCCAAUGGCGACAAGUACAAGAGGAGAUACGAGCAAGCUCAUAGGGAGCUGCAGUUGUUGCGGGCGCAACUGCGUCGGCAACACGAGGACGACCUCGAGCAACUUGUCACGGUUAAGAAGCAACUCGAGAAAAAGGUGCAAGAUGCGUACGAGGAAGUGGAGGAGCAGAGGGCCGUGGCGGCGCAGUGGAAGCGCAAGCUGCAGAAGCUGACCAACGACAUGGCCGACCUGAGGUCACUGCUCGACGAACAGACCUGCCGCAACAACUUGCUCGAGAAGCGCCAGCGCAAGUUCGACGCCGAGCUGCACGGGGCGCAAGAAGAGCUGAAGCGAGAACGAGCUGCCAAGGAGCGCCUCUCGCGCGAGCGCGACCUCGCGCACGCCGACAAGUACGCGCUGGAGCAGAGCCUCUCUGAAGCUCGGCUAGAACUCGAGCUGAAAGAAGAACGCCUGACGGCGGCGCAGCGCGAGUUGGAGGAGCGAGGCGGCGGCGGCGACGAGGUAGCGGCUCUGAGGCGAACGAGAGCUGAGCUGGAACGAAGAGUUCGCGACCAGGAGGAGGAGUUGGACGACCUCGCGGGACAGAUACAGUUGCUGGAAAGUUCAAAGUUGCGCCUGGAAAUGUUGCUGGAGCAGCAACGCAAAGAGGCUCGCCUGGAGGCGGCCGCGCGAGAUGACGAGAUGGAGGAAACCCGUGCGAACGCGGCGAAGAAACUUAAGAUCCUGGAAUCCCAGCUGGAGAGCGAGCACUCUGAGCGCAGCCUGCUGCUGCGCGAGCGGCACGAGCUGGAGCGGCGGCUCGCGGCGCUGGAGGAGAGCGCCCGCGCCGAGACCCAGGAGCAGGCGCAGCUGGUGCAGCGGCUCAAGAGAGACCUAAAGCGGUACCGCGCGUUGCUCCGCGACGCCCAGACCAUGCUGGAACAAAAAGAGAAGGAGGGCGGAGCCAAGACGCAGAUCAGACAACUUAAGAACCAGGUGGAGGACCUUGAGCUAGCGGUCCGCGCGGCCACGAAGGCGAAACAGGCGGCCGAGGCAGAGGCGAGCGAGGCGACCGCCGCGCUCGAGGAGGCGAACCGCGCACGCAACGAGGCGGCGGAGCGCGCGCUCACCGCUACCAGAGACGCGGCCACGGCACGCGCCGCGCUUGACGAUGCGGAAGAGGAAGCGGCCGAGUUGCUAAAGAAAUACCGCGGCAGCACAAGCGCGUUAUGCGCGGCGCAGGCCGAAGCACGCGAGGCAGCCGCCAAAGCCGAGGCGGCUACUGAGGAGGCGAGGCAAGCGCGAGACAAGCUUGCCGAGCUCGCGCAACGCCUCGCCAGUGCCGAGGCGGGGCAUUCACAUACGCAACACGAGGCAGAGCGGCGACUGCAGCUGAGGAACAAGGAGCUGGAGUCGAGCUUAGAGCUGGAAGCGACGUCGCGCGCACGGCUGGAAGGUCAGCUAGCGCGGCUGCGCGAUGCGCACGAGCAGCUGGCCAACGAGCUGGCACAAGCGCGUGCGCGCGAGCAGCUGUCCGCCGACGAGCAGCGCAAGCUGGCGAGGCAACUCAGAGAGCUAAAGGAAGAGAACUCGGUUCUAAACGCGAAGCUGAGCGAGGCGGGGCGCGCGAAAUGCGUGGCGGAAGCGGCGGCGGCCGCGGCGGCGGGCGAGGCGGCGGCGGCGCGCGACGAGGCGCGGCUGGCGGCGCGGCGCGCGCACGCGCUGCAGGAAGCCAUCGCCGGGGACCUGUCCAGUCCGGGCGACGACGCGCCCUCGGACAGUGAUAACGACAGCUACAGCUCGGACGAGUCGAUCGGCACGUUCCUGGCCAACCACAAGCUGAGCCCGUCCGCGCCCUCCCGCAAUAGUAUGCAGCUCGACUCACAGAAGUCGGCGACUCCAGAGGGCCGCGCGUCGCGCUCCAGCGCAGGUUCAGGCUCGAAGCCGCUCAGCCCCACGAAGGAGUCGUUCGCAUAACAGCCGCCCGCCGCCGCCGGCCUGCUCGGCGCGCUGCCCGCCAAGCUGCUCUGCGCGGUCUUCUGCGCGCGCCCGCGGCGAACAGAACACACAGUGCUGGACUAGACACGCACACACACACCACGGUUGCAAUUGUCAAUGUUGGUACUAACGAUCCCACUUCUGAGAUCGCAGGAGAUAUCCCACUUCUGAUAUCGUCUUGUCCACCUCGAAAGUGACGAUGUUAGGAGUAACCAGUGUUUGAGUAUGU